UACUACUUAUCACAUCAGUCACCUUCAAUUUAAAUUUUUACACAUUCUACCCUCACCACACUCUUACUUCCAUUUAAAGAACGGGCAAUAUAGUUUUUACUUCUCAAAUCUUAAUUUGUAUUAAACAAUCUAAAAAGAUAAGUAUUGUGGGACGGAGGAAGUAAUACUUAAUAUAUUAAUAUAUUAUUGCUGGUAAGGUUCUGAAAAUUGAUGACAAACUGGCGAGUCAUAUUGACAAGAUUUAGAACACAUAAGCACCUGCUAAGUAUGGAUCGAUGCUUAAUCAAGCACAGAUAUUAUAAACACCCAUCCUUUUAUCUUACGUGAUGGGAUAAAAUGGUUAGUUUUUAUUUUUAGUUGUAUUGGACAUGGCCCUAUUAUAAACGACCCUUACCAAGCAGGUAAGGUAGUCGGUACAUGGAAAACUGGCCAGGAUACUUUAAAUACAUCCUCCGUAUUUCAAAUUCAAAUUUUACUUUGACACGGACAUAAAACCUAUACUCGAUGUGUGAAACGAUCUCAUCCAGGGACUCUGGGGCUGUUUGGUUGCUACCCUGAGCAAAACUAGUCUGGCCUGGAUCUAGCCUGAGUUCGAUUACCUCCUAUUUGGUUGCCACCCUGAGUCUGUUUUCCUCUUGCCUGGCCUGAGCAAACACGUAAUGUCAUUAGCCUGAACCAGGCGACCAAAAUCGGUCGCCUGAGCUCCAGGCGCAGUAUCGCUAAGAAAAAACGGGCGGCGGCGUCGCGCGAAGACCCCCACCGCCACCAUUUUUGCCUCCGACGCCGGCGUGUGAGUCAUCACCAACAUGCUAAACCCACCGCUACGUAAAGCAUCUCGCCCCCUGCCGCUGGGCUAAGCCCUCGAUGCUGUCGUCUCAAAGGAUUUCACGCACGAAGCAGUCCGGCCGCCUUGCUAGAUCUGCAGCCUCGAGAAGAUGCCACCAUGGCUGCUAGCAUUUGAUUCGUUGAUAGCAGGAGUGGCAAACCAAACAAGGAAAGCAUCAGGCGGCCUGGCCAGAUAUGAACAAAAUCUACCUGGUGUGGAUAUCUUUGUAUGCACUGCGGAUCCACAAUCAGAGCCACCAAGCCUUGUCAUCUCUACCAUCCUAUCAGUUAUGGCAUACAAUUACCCAUCAGAAAAAAUAAGUGUGUACCUUUCCGAUGAUGGAGGUUCAAUUCUUACUUUCUAUGCUUUAUGGGAGGCCUCCAUAUUUGCAAAGAAAUGGCUACCAUUCUGCAAAAGAUAUAACAUUGAGCCAAGGUCACCAGCUGCUUACUUCUCAGAGUCAAAAGUGCAUCACAAUCUGUGCAUCCCAAAAGAAUGGGCACUGAUCAAGAACCUGUAUGAAGAAAUGAGAGAGAGAAUUGAUACAGCUACCAUGUCAGGAAAAAUUCCUGAAGAAAUGAAGCUAAAGCAUAAAGGAUUUGAUGAAUGGAACUCAGAUUUUACUUUGAAAAAUCACCAGCCAAUUGUUCAGAUUCUGAUAGAUGGGAAAAACCGAAAUGCAAUUGAUGAUGAUAGAAAUGUGCUACCAACAAUGGUAUACGUGGCGCGCGAGAAGAGGCCUCAGUACCACCAUAACUUCAAAGCUGGGGCAUUGAACGCUUUGAUAAGGGUAUCAUCAGUGAUAAGUGACAGCCCUGUUAUCUUGAACGUGGACUGUGAUAUGUAUUCCAACAAUAGUGAUUCAAUCAGAGAUGCGUUAUGCUUCUUCCUCGAUGAAGAAAUGGGCCAGAAAAUUGGAUUUGUGCAGUACCCUCAGAUCUUCAACAAUAUGACCCAAAAUGAUAUAUAUGGAAACUCUUUCAAUGUUAGCUAUCAUGUGGAGAUGUGUGGUUUAGACAGUGUUGGUGGUUGUCUCUACAUUGGCACAGGAUGCUUCCACAGAAGAGAGAUCCUUUGUGGUAGGAUAUUCAGCAAAGACUACAAGGAAAACUGGAACAGAGGAAUAAAGGAAAGAGGAAAAGAGAACAUAAAUGAGAUUGAGGAGAAGGCAACAUCUUUAGUAACUUGCACUUAUGAGCAUAGGACACAGUGGGGUAAUGACAUUGGAGUGAAAUACGGUUUCCCGGCAGAGGAUAUCAUUACUGGAUUGGCAAUACAUUGCAGAGGAUGGGAGUCAGCCUUCAUAAAUCCUAAAAGAGCAGCAUUUUUGGGUUUAGCCCCAUCAACACUUGCCCAGAAUAUACUGCAACAUAAGAGAUGGAGUGAGGGUAAUCUCACAAUUUUUCUUUCGAAGUACUGCUCCUUCUUGUUUGGACAUGGAAAAAUCAAGUUACAACUACAGAUGGGCUACUGCAUAUGUGGAUUAUGGGCAGCCAACUCACUGCCUACACUCUAUUAUGUUGUGAUUCCAUCACUAGGUCUUGUUAAGGGCACCCCCCUAUUCCCACAGAUUAUGAGUCCAUGGGCUACACCCUUCAUAUAUGUAUUUUGUGUGAAGACCCUCUACGGUCUUUAUGAGGCAUUAUUAUCUGGGGAUACAUUGAAAGGAUGGUGGAAUGGACAAAGGAUGUGGAUGGUGAAAAGCAUUACCUCAUAUCUAUAUGGCUUCAUUGACACCAUCCGAAAAUGUGUAGGAAUGUCAAAGAUGUCAUUUGAAGUUACAGCAAAGGUAAGCGGUCACGAUGAAGCAAAGAGGUAUGAGCAAGAAAUCCUAGAAUUUGGGUCAUCGUCUCCUGAAUAUGUGAUCAUCGCAACCGUCGCAUUACUGAACUUCGUCUGCCUAGUUGGAGGGUUAAGUCAAAUAAUGGCAGGUGUCUGGAAUAUGCCAUGGAAUGUGUUUUUACCCCAGGCCAUCCUCUGUGGAAUGAUAGUAAUCAUUAAUAUGCCAAUUUAUGAGGCAAUGUUCCUAAGAAAGGACAAUGGGAGAAUACCAACAGCAGUCACACUAGCUUCAAUUGGCUUUGUAAUGUUGGCAUUCCUAGUACCAAUAGUUUGAGGUCCCUAAAAUGGGAUUUGAUGCCUUAUAAAACAUUGGGUGUUUCUGAUGAUGAUCAUGAAAAUAAAUUGCAUUGCCAUUUCAUGAAA